ACGCUACGGUGUUCAAUAAUUCUCUCUUCUCAUUCUCAGCACCGCUCCCACUUUUUCUCACACCUGUCUCUGCUUUUGUUCUCCUCUCUCUCUCUCUCUCUCUCUCUCUCACACACACACACACACACGCAUUCAUUCCCUUAGCUGAGUUUAACAAACAAGUUCAGAGCAGAGGGAACAGAAACACUCACUUCUUAAGAUGGGAUCUGGGGCUGGUAAUUUCCUGAAGGUGCUUCUCAAAAACUUCGAUGUCCUUGCCGGGCCUGUGAUUAGUCUUGUUUAUCCUCUAUAUGCUUCAGUUAGGGCAAUUGAGAGCAAGUCUCCUGUUGAUGAUCAGCAGUGGCUCACUUACUGGGUUCUGUAUUCCUUGAUCACCCUCUUUGAACUCACUUUUGCUAAACUUCUUGAAUGGAUUCCAAUAUGGCCCUAUGCAAAGCUGAUUGCAACCUGCUGGCUGGUCCUGCCUUACUUUAGUGGUGCUGCUUACGUUUAUGAGCAUUAUGUGAGACCUUUAUUUGUCAAUCCUCAGACCAUUAACAUCUGGUAUGUUCCAAGGAAAAAGGACACCUUUGGAAAGCCAGAUGACAUUCUAACUGCUGCAGAGAAGUACAUCCAAGAGAAUGGAACAGAAGCUUUCGAGAAUCUGAUCCAUAGGGCUGAUAAAUCAAGAGGGGGUGGCGGUUAUUAUUCGAUGUAUGAUGAGACAUAUUGAGUGCAAUCGUGUAGCUUAUGCCUGUUAUGGAUAUGGGAAUUCAUGUAAAUCUUACCACGUUACUGAUCUUUGUUUUUAAUUCUCCGAGGAGAUACUUUGUUUUUUUUUUAUCCUUUUAUUUUUAUUAUCGUGUAAUAUCUUAGAGUUAGUCAUGAAUGUUUUAUAUAAUGGCGAUGACACCAAUGGUAUAUAUAGAUAAUGUUGGCACAAUAGCAUAAACUCGUUGAGUUUUUUCCCCUUUUGUUAUACCCUCGACACAAACAAAAGCCCACACUAUUAAUAGGUCAUCAAGUUUAUAGGUAUGCAAAC